AUGUCUAAAAUUCUCUCAAACUUGCAGCCUUUGAAGCUCGGUGGGCAAGGCCCUUCACACUACCCACUGCCCACGGUCGAUCUGGAUAGAUCGUCGUCUCUUACACAGAAGCACUUUUAUCACUGCAUCAAUCCCAUACUUAAUCAAGGAGACAUAAUUCUUGCCGAGACAGGAACCGCGGCUCAUGGAUGUCGGCAGUUCAGGCUCCCACCCAAGAGCCGGCUUUUCACUGCUGUCACCUGGCUCUCCAUCGGCUACAUGGUCCCAGCUGCUCUUGGGGCUGCUCUUGCACAAAGGGAACUUCUCGGAUAUAGUAAUAACGGCAGAGACGGAGCUUCGGGCAAAGAGCGUGUGGUUUUAUUUGUUGGCGAUGGCAGUCUUCAGAUGACUGUGCAAGAAAUCAGCACCAUGAUAAAGGAAGGUGUAAAUAUCACUAUCAUAAUUCUCAACAAUAGUGGGUAUACGAUUGAAAGGGCAAUACAUGGGAGGAAACAGCGGUAUAACGACAUCGCGAGUUGGAACCAUGCCCAUAUCCUCCCCUUGCUAGGGCAGCGAAGCUCAGCCUUGGAAAGUUUCCCCCAGGCAAGAACAUGGGGAGAACCAGAAGCGAUUAUUCAAUCUGGGAAACUUACUUCGGGUACGGGGGUUGUGAUCGUUGAGGUAUUUUUUGAUCAAGAGGAUUGCGAGGGAAGCCUGCGAGAGAUGUUGAACGAACAGAUACGGAAAGGUAAAUGA